AUUUUGUUGACAAAUCGAGUUUCAAUUGUACAUAGUAGAAAGCGUUUCGAUCCAACAUGGAAGAAGACAAUAUUUUAAACAAUAUUGUAAAGGCACUUUCUAUUUUAUGUGAACCAACAGCAUCACCUUCAGACUACAGAGAAGCAGACGAGUUUUUGAGAAGUGUUCGACAACAACCCACUCACCUUCUCUUGUUCUGUCAGUUUCUGAGUAACGAGGCUUGGCUCACUUCCAUACGGUCUUUUGACAAUCAAUUGCUAUCCUUUAUGUUUCAGUUUGCAGGGACUAUGUUGGAGGACUGUAUAAGAACCAGUUAUGAUUCCUUCGAUAAGCAGCAAAGACAACAAACAAUAGAGUUGACAAAGCAGUUGUUGAAAGAAAGUUGUUGCAAGAAAUUGAACCAUUCUUCCAUUGAAAAAUGUUGCAAAGCUGCGAGUUGUUCCAUUCUUCUCUUCUCUUUGGGUAACGAUGUUGAUGUGGAAGACAAGUUGGAAUACUGGUGGAAUACCUUUGUAGAGUUGGGUAAAGAACAACACAUAACACCUCUUUUGUACUUAAUAUUCCUUGAAGAAGUGGAAAAUAUCCCUUCUUAUGGAAGUGGAGAAGACGCAGAACGAAGAGCUUGGUUAAGGAGCAAGGCUUCUAAAGUUGUCAGCGAAGUAUCUUCGGAACUUUAUCGUGAAAGUCUGGAGGAUAAUCAUUCUAAUAGCGAGUUGAGGUUUCCUAUGAGUAGUUAUUCAUUAAAAAAAGAUUGUAUUCGUUGUUUAAAGAGUUGGAAUGUAUAUAGAACGAGAGGCAGUACGGCAGAUAUUCUAUGCAGCAUUUUUGAAGAUUCUGAGUUGAUAUGUGAAGUUGCUGAUGCACUUGCUGAUGAUGUUGGCCGGGGCGGUAUACCAACAAGUUCGAUAUUACAAACAUGUUCAUCUCUGCUCUCAAUAUUAAAGGCUGCACGAAAGCGACAUACAAACUCCGAGUACGUUUCUAUGGUACAUGCAGCUUUGGAAGUCGCAGUUUCCAUUGUAGAAGCCAACAUAGAUUUGCUUGUCAGACAAGAUAGCUUUCAAUAUUUUGCCUCAGAAUCUGAGGAAACAAACAAAGUUGCAGCAAUAUUAGAACUAUGUGAUUUAUUGAUGUUUGGACUGCAAAGUGGAGUGCAUAAUGCAACUCUGGCUGCAUUGGAAGGAGUUUCAUAUUUUGCCAACAGUUUUUAUCAUCUUAAACUGAAUGGUCAAAUAGGGUCACAUUGUAAUAUUGAGCAACUUUAUGUUUUCUUUCAAGAGUGUUUUCAACAUUUUAUUUAUAUUUGUACUGCUUCCGAUGAAACCCUUCUGUUAGCUAUAAAUAAUGCUUCAGUUGACAAUCCAGAUGGGGACUCUUCUAUCGAAGAAUUUCAACAGCUGAGAGAUGCUGCAUUUGAAGCUAUCAUGGAACUUGCCAAGGCAGUAGGAGACGUUAGUCGUAUCAUCCAUUUUUUUGACGAUUAUUGGACACCUUCGCAAUCCUCUUUAAGUCUCGAAUCGGCAUUCUUUGUAUUAACUUGUGCUGCUUCAGCUUGUAUGGAAAAUACAGAGAAAAAGACGAGUUCUCAAUCAGAUAUGCAUCCUAAGGUACAUCAAGCUAUUCUAGUUCAGUCGACGACUACUGUAUUUCAAUUUGGUUUGCAAUUGUUAUAUGAAAAUUCUCCCAACUACUUGAAAAUCGCCACUUUGAGGUUGUUUACUGCGUUUUCUACAGUUUUACUGGAAGAUUCACUGGAACGUAUCUUAUUCCAACCUAUUAUGAAUAUUUUGCCCUUAUGUUUGAAAGUAGUUCCAAGAGAAGCCUCUAUUUUAUUAAGAACAUGGUCCUUUUCCUCUCCCAAAAAGUUAUUGCCUUACGCCGAAGCUCUGUUUAAAGCAGUAGAUUUCCUUCAUAGCAAUCUUUCAGUUUACAAACCGACCAUGGAAUCCUUGGCUAGAAUGAUAGCCAGUAUGGAGAGUGAAGAAGAACGAUUCCGUUCUGUAUGUGUUAUCUUGCAACCCUAUUUGGAUUAUUUAGAAACAGCCAUGCAGUCUUUAUAUUCUCAAUCUAGUUUUUCAGAGGAUCCAAGGAAGGUUGUGGAGGUAUUAAGUGUGAUUUCGGCAGUCUUUCAUGGACUUGACGAGACUCGUAUUAGUUAUCGAGUCAUAUUUGAAAGGUUGGAGAGUUUUGUGCUCUUAGGUCAUCACUUUGCUUCUCAUGAACUGAUUGCUCCGGAAUUGUGCAGAAUAUUUGUUCAAGGUCUGGAAUGUAACAAAGUUGAUUCGUAUAUUCCAUCGACCUAUUUUGCAGACCAAAAUGCAGUUAUUCAAAUUUUAAAUAUUCUUCAAAGUAUAUUUGCGAAAAGUGAUGGUGAAGCUUGUUGGAUUCAUGGCUGUAUUCAGCUGAUUCCUUUGUUGGAUCCUCAUGCAACGGGCUCUCAAGAAUGCAUAUUACAAGUAGUAUCAGGAAUUUGGAAUACUUGUAAUCAAUGUAUAUCAACAUAUUCUUUAUCAAGUGCUUGUGAACGGCAAGAUUUGAUAGCUGAAUGUUGUAGAUUAUCUGAAAAUCUAGUCUUAUAUUAUCCAACAAUUUUGUUAUCUUGGUCAGAACAAAUAUUUCCUAUUUUACUAUUGGGAUUUUAUUUAUCAGAUGCGAAUGCCUGUAUGUCUAGUCUCCGUUUUUGGUCUCAGUUAUUCGAAUCUUGGAUUCAAAGAGAAUUUUCUCAAUUCUCAUUGGCUGAGAAAUUUACUAGUUUCGUACCAGUGUUAUUACAAGGAAUCGUUUAUGCUGUUGGUGGAGGAAUACCUUCUCGUUUGAUACGUUAUCUAUGCAACUUACUUUUAUCUUUUUGUCAAUGGGUAGCAUUGUUCCAUCUACAGUCCUCAUUACCCAUUUGGAUACAACAAGCAGUAGAGUCCAGUCAACCUACCAAAUUCACUGUUGAAAUGAGAAAAGCUUUCGAGUCGAUGUUAUUAGAAUAUGUGAAUUUGUACUCACAGACACCUGAAGCCGUUUCUAAAGGAAUGUUUCGAUGUUUUGUUUCCGAUAUCUGUAGAGUUGGUCGAGGAGAAAUGAUGGAUGAUAUUUUAUAUGCUUAUUUCCGAUAAGACAGGUUUUGACUUGUGGCAAAUACUUGGACUCAUAUAUUGUAGACAUGUCAAUUAUAAUCUUUGCCAACUAGGUAAAUGAAUGAAAUGAUGAGUUG